ACUGCUGCUGAAACACGGAGCAGACCCCCUUCAACCCGACAGAAAUGGAGACACACCGCUACAUCAGGCCGCAAAAAGAGCCCUCAAACAUGGCAAAAGAGCUUAUGAUGACCUGGUGGUGCCAUUGCGAAAAAACUGUCCAGAAGCCAUGGAUAUCUCUAAUAAAGCAGGAGUGACUCCUCAUGACCUGCUCCAGUGGAUGAAGCCUGAGCAGGGGAACAUCAAAAAUGAAUCCUCGCAUGUUGAUCCAGAGAAACAAUGGAGAGAGAAGCUGUUGGGUGAAUGUCAGGAUGAGUUUUUUGAGACAUUCGGACAAUAUGAUGAUGACUUUGUAUGGGAUGAUAAAGACGACGAGGUAGACUUCGGAGACUGGGCGGAUCGGAUCAGACGGGAGUAUUUUGCCAAGCAACGGGCCAAAGAACAGAGGGAAGCGGCUUCUUCGGGUCAGAAGAGGUCGAAGCGGCGGAAGGAGACGGAGGAGGAUGAGAGGAGUCGUAGGGAGCUGAGAGCCAGGCUGGAGCGGGAGCAUGAGGAGUACCUGCAGCGUGCAGCUCGUAAGGAGGAGGAGACGCGGCAGGGGAGGAAGAGGCGCUAUGAGGAGCGCUGUGCCGCCACGUUUCACAGCUCCUCGAGCAAAGGGCCUGAAGGACUGCUGGGAUACGACGACAUCCCUUGGCCCGCUCCUCGCGGUUCGCUGGAGGAAAUGGUGGGUGUUAUGUUGCACGGUGCUGAUCGAUCUGAUUCGACUGUUUUUCGGAAGGUGCUCCGUCGCCAGCAGACCCUCUGGCACCCAGACAAGUUUGUCCAGCGCUGUGGAGGCCGUCUGCAGGAGUCUGAUAGACAGAGGAUCCUCGACACCGUCACUGGCCUCUCACAGGAGCUCAACAGACUCGCACAAAACCUCUGAUGACGUAGACUCCUCUGAUCUGAGCACCUCACUAAAUGGCUUUCAGUCAGGUUUAUUUCAAGCUGGAAUGUGAUUAACACACUUUUGAAGUGUCAAAUAAAAAAUGUAUUGUCUUAGCUUAA